AUGGCUCGCUUCUUCAUCACGGGCUCAUCCGACGGCCUGGGCUCGCUCACGGCCAAGCGUCUCAUCGCGCAGGGCCACCAGGUCGUCCUCCACGCGCGCAAUGCCGACCGCGCCCGGGACGCGUCUGCCGCCUGCCCAGGAGCCGAGGCCGUGCUGGUCGGUGACUUGAGCAGCAUCGACGAGACCAAGGCGCUCGCGGCCGAGGCCGACAAGCUCGGUCCGUACGAGGCCGUCAUCCACAACGCGGGCGUCUACAUCGGCAUGGAACGCGUGCCCGGCAAGUCGGGCCUGCCCACGCUCUUCACCGUCAACACGCUGGCGCCGUACCUGCUGACCUGCCUGAUGCGCAAGCCCCGACGACUCAUCUUCGUAUCGUCUGGCUUGCACAUGGGCGGGCAGCCGAACGUGGGCGGCGCGCGACAGCGGCUGCUGUCUUCGAGCUACAGCGACAGCAAGUUGCACAAUGUCAUGUUUGCCAAGGCGUUUGCGCGCCGCUGGCCCGACGUGGGCUGCUACUCGGCCAACCCCGGCUGGGUGCCGACGAAGAUGGGCGGGCCUUCGGCGCCGGGGCGCAUCGACGACGGCGUCAACACCUACGUGAUGCUGGCCCUUGGAGACGGGCAGGCGGGAUGGAGUCCUGGCGGAUACUUCGUGAACUCGCAGGAGAGACGGCCGAGUGCGGUGGCCGGGGAUGCCAAGCUGCAGGACCAGUUGCUUGCCGACCUCGCCGACAUCAGUGGCGUUUCUGUGCCCGCGUAA